AUGAGUAGUGUGAGGGUGAAUUCCCCCACGAGUCCAUGAUAAAUCUGUAGUUGAAUCCCUAACUAAACUAAUAUUCUGUGUACGUUCUGUAUAGACGUUAAAAAUAGAUCAGCCAAUCAGAUGCAUGGCAUUACUGUAUAGGCAUUGCGGGACGGGGUUCAGACCAAAAGGAACGAAAACGCGUCGACCGCCUGGUCUUCGUCUUAACGUAAUUGCAGAAUACAUAAUUUGGGGUGUAAAUAAUGGUAAUUUAAAUAACAUUUUGCAAAUAAUAAGAAAAUAAAAACCAAAAAGACUAUCGUAAUUCUUACAAUAGGUGGACUACUGUUGUGGAUUUGGGAUUUUAAGUUGGGAAGAUAGGAUGUCGAGGGAAAUUGAAUGUACCUAUAUAUGUACACAAUAAUUAAUCAUAACUGACGAAAAAUAAUUCUGAGAGGAUCUCGGUUAAUAAUAUUGCUUUUUCAAUAGUAUAUUUGUAAAUAUAUACAUUAAUUAAUUAAUUAAUGUUGUAACAGUUCAGGCAAUGCAUUAAUUAAUUUAAUAUAUUUAUUUACGAGUGUUAACCAUUUAAAAAUUUUGUUUUUACUUUAUUAAGAAUAUUAUUAAUAUAUUUUUCAUAUUAUAGUAAAAUAAAAUAUAUAUAUUGAAUACAAUGACUUGCACACUAAACACAUAUUGAAUUGCAUUUGUUUUUUUCCUUGUUACAUAAACGUAGUUUUACAAAAGAAAAUUUGAAGAAUCAACUUUUUAUUUCUAUUAAAUUAAUUUAUAUUCUUUGAACUUUAAAGAAUCAUUAAAAAUUACAAGUUAAAUGAAAAUAAAAUGUUGAUACAUCAAUAAAUGACUACCUGCUUAAUAACUAGGUUUAAUUUUUUUUUUUUUGAGCAAACUGGGUUUAAUAUUAUUAAAUUAAUCUAAUAUUUUAUUAAACAAAUUCGUUUUAAAAAUAACAAAUUUACUAAUCUGUUUGUUCAAAUUAAAUAAAUAUAUUAUUUUUAACUAUCAAUUUAACAAUAAAUAAAUCGUAACUUUUACAAUUACUGGAAAGUUCAUCCUAUAUUGUUAUUUUUAUUUAUUUAUCUAUUUUUAUUUUAUUUAUAAGUUUAUAUUUGACAUAAUAAAUAAUACGACAAUAUCUUAUGGUUUUCUUUAAACAUUAUUCUGAAAAAUAAAAUUAUAUACUUGAAGUAUUUAGCUAAUUAUCAAUUUUAAUAUGUUUUUAGUCUGUCAUGCCCAGGAAAUAGUGUAUAUUAAUAAAGAUAUCAUUCGGGGCAGAGGUGAGAUGGCUCAACUCAGUUGUUGCAUCAUCGACAAUUAUGAUGAUAUUCCAGUAUCUUGGGUCAAACUCAAUAAUUCCAAAAUGGCAGAACCAUUAAUACUUUCAGUUAGCGGAACUUUAAUUUUCUCAUCAUCACGGUUCUCAGUACGGGCGACGGAUGGAUGUUAUAAUUUAACGGUAUUUGAAAGCCAGCAUUAUUUGGUCAUCAAUUUUUUAAUAGUUGUAAUAUUUAAAAAUAUUUUUAGAUUAGUGAUAUUCAAGAAAUCGAUGACGCGGCGUAUCAAUGUACCAUAAAUAUUAAUUUACAUACAAAAUUAUUUGCCCAAGUUAUGUUAAAAGUGAAGAGAAGUCCGUUCAUACUGAGCAAUUCAACGAAAUCUUUUUUUGUUACUGAAGGUCAAAAGAUUGUAUUUAUUAAAAUAUUUAAUAUUAUUGUUAUUUAUUCAGUUUUAAUACGUAUUACAGGUGAACCCGUAAGCCUCGAGUGCUAUGCGGAGGGGUACCCUAACCCGAAGAUUUUUUGGAAAAGAGUGAACGCCGAAAUUUUACCAGCUCCACAUGUUGGUUCGGCAUAUAAGUACAAACAUACCUACAAAUUACAAUAAUAUAUUUUAGUAGUUUUAACGAUUAUAAAAUAAUGCAUUCAUUCUAAAUUUAAUUUUACAGAGGAAACAUUCUACAAAUUAGUCGUGUAAACAGGAAGGAUAGAGGAACAUAUAGUUGUAUAGCUGAUAAUGGAGUUGGCCGUGGUGUCCGAUAUAGUGUUACUAUGCAAGUAAAAUGUGCACCAUCCAUAAUAAUUCCUAGGCCUAAAGUAGAACAAGCAUUAAGGCAAAAUAUAAAUCUUGAAUGUCAUGUUGAUGCAUUUCCUACUCCGGCCAUAGUUUGGUUCAAAAUCGGACAACAGUUAUAUAACUAUAAUGAUCAUUACAGGUAUACUUGUUUUUAAAUAAUCAGAUAUAAUUUGUUGUUGUUCAAUAUUUUUUAAACAUUUAAUAUUUACAUUUAGUAUAUCCGAACGUGUAAUCACGGAUGAAAUUACAGAAGGUAUUCUAUCCAUCGCCUCUACUACAUACAGCCAUUAUGGAGACUACAUUUGUAAAGCAAUUAACGGCCUUGGAUCUGCUGAAGCUAUCAUUCGGCUGGUUCAACCUUCCAUUUCACAAUAUCCCAUACCAGCUGACCUUCGGACAAUUUCAUUUGAGUGA